GCAGAGAUUCAGAGCAGUGCUUGUGCUUCCCUCACCAGCACUUCUCUCUUCUCUGAAAGGAACAAAAUAAAUUACUCAUCACAUUUUACUCUCUCCGCUCAUCAAUCUCACACCAUUAAUAACCUGUAAAAGCCCUCUCCGAAGAUGAACAACGAAAACGGCAACACGAAGGUCGUCCUGACGCGAGUAGUCGCGGCGUCGUCCCUGGUGCUCGUCGCCGCCGCCGCGGCCGAGUACUACCGCCGGAGACCGAAAGUCAGCAAGCGACUCAUCCCGAGGCUGGACGAGGCGGCGACGGAGUCCGGUAGCGGCGGUAGGAAGGUUGAGAGAUUCUCACACUACGUGGCGAGGCAGCUAGGGUUCUCAGAUCCGAGCGAGUGCCCGCAGCUGUGCAAGCUGGCGUACGACUACCUGAGGAAAAUCGAGGGAUGCGAGGACAACAUCUACGAUUACUUCGCCAAAAGCGACGGCGGCGAAGGGGCGAAAUCGCUCUCCGGGAAGAUGGUGGCUGAACUCGAGAAAUGCAUCCUGAGCUACUUCGCUUUCCACUGGAACCACGCCGCUUCGAUCGUCUCUCAGGUGAUGAACGGUCAAUCGGAGAAGAAGCCGAAGCUCAAAAGCUUUGUAAUGGCUGCCACCAGGGAGAAAAGAUUCGAGAGAAUGAGCAGGAGCCUGAAGGUCAAGAGGGUAUUUUCCACCCUAGUUGAGGAGAUGAAAGCCAUCGGCAAAACCGAGUCCCUCCGGAACAAUGACGUCAUGGUUCCGGCGGCCCACAGCGAGAGGAGCCCCGUCCUGCUGCUCAUGGGCGGCGGAAUGGGCGCCGGCAAGAGCACCGUCAUCAAGGACAUCCUCAAAGAGUCGUUUUGGGGAGGCGCAGCAGCAAACGCCGUCGUAGUGGAGGCGGAUGCGUUCAAGGAAUCCGACGUUCUGUACAAAGCUCUCAACUCCAUGGGCCACCACGACGACAUGAUUCGAACCGCUGAACUGGUUCACCAAUCGUCAACCGAUGCGGCGUCGUCGCUGCUGGUGACGGCACUCAACGAAGGGCGCGACGUGGUAAUGGACGGCACCCUGUCCUGGGAGCCGUUCGUGGACCAAACCAUCGAGAUGGCGCGUAACGUCCACAAACGCCGUUACCGGAUGGGAGUCGGCUACAAGGUCGAAGAAGACGGCACCAUCACCGAAAACUACUGGGAACCAGUUGACGACGACCAGGACGGCGGCCGGACGGGGAACGGAGGAUCGCCGUUGGCGAGGAGACCCUACAGAAUCGAGAUGGUCGGCGUCGUUUGCGACGCUUAUCUAGCCGUCGUCAGGGGAAUCAGGAGAGCUAUAAUCACUGGGAGGGCAGUGAGGGUGAAUUCCCAGCUGAAGUCCCACAAGAGAUUUGCCGACGCCUUUCCGAACUACUGCGAGAUUGUGGAUAAUGCCAGGCUCUAUUGUACGAACAGCGUUGGAGGCCCGCCGAAGUUGAUUGCGAGGAAAGAUGGGGACGACAAGAUGUUGAUUGACCCAGAGGAUUUCAAAUGCUUGAGCAAUGUGGCUGGGUUGAACCCGAGCGCGGAGUCGGUUUACGAGCUCUAUGGUAGCCCGAGUCCGGUUCAAGAACCCGGGUCGGUUUGGAGAGAUGUCGUUUUGGACCCGUCCAGGCCUAGCGUUCAGGCGGAGCUGAAGACUGUUGUACAGAGUAUUGAAAGCCCACUGGCAGCGGCCCAUUGAAAAUACUAGGGGCUUUAUUGUUUUGAAGCGUUCUUGAAAUGAAACGGCGAAGUUUGUUGGCACUCCUUGUGAAGUGAAGUGAAGAGAUGGGGAAGGUUUAGAAAGUAUGGAAAUGAAAUUGUAAAUUUCUGCAACUGCAAUUAGCAAAUAGCUGUAGGCUGAAGAAAUGACCAACCAUUGUAAUGCAUAAGCUCAUUUUUCUUGAUUGUUGGAUCUCAAGUCUUACGCUUCUCCAUGGGAUAGACACGGGGGAAUAUGAGCAAAGGAAACUAGAUCCAACCUCAUUAAUGCAAUCGAUACGGUGCCUCAAGUCGGGAUAGAUGAGUAAGGUUCUUCACUACAAGCAUUGAUACUAGGAUUUUUGGGUUAAAAAACCGACACUACAACUACUCAGAUCAAAUUUGUGCUGGUCAAAUUCCCAUUGAAUCUACUAACACAACUACAUUAUCCCUAUUGGGUACAACCAAAUUUAGUACACCCCACCCUUGCAAUGGCGUGGCAACACUGCUAACUGCUAAGUUUACAAGGCAAUACACUAAUAAGAAAAUGAUUGUGAAAAUGGAAGUGUUAUAAUUGCACCACAAAACUAUAUUUUGUUGGCAUAUAUUUUGGUUUACAGCAAAAAAAUCUACUCAUCCUCCAAUAAUAAAUAGUAGAGUUUUGUGUAAUUUGUUUCAUUUCAAAUUUCCUGCAACGAGAGUGAAAGUAGGAAGGAUAAUUUGGUCUUUACAAUUAAUUAUUUAUUUUAGGGUUAUAGAUAUAAUUUGCCCCCUCUACUUUACAUUUUUCUCAAACUUGCUCAUCUAUUAUAAAUCACAUCAAACCUACCCUCCUACUAAUAAACACUUAUCAGAUGCACCCUUCAAUCUUCUUUUCAGUCACACAGCCGUUAAAUCUUGUCCAACCGGAUUUUGGUCAACAAAAUGUCCUGAAAAUGAGUGGGUAAAAGACAAUUUUACCCCAGUAUAGCUCUAACAUCGUCCCAACAAUCCCCCAUUCACACACCCAAUUCCCACCAACAAACCUGAGACUCCAAUUCCGAUCCAGUUUCUCCUCUAUUUUGCUAUAUAGGCCACCUAUCACUGGUCACUGGUCAGAUCUAAUUCUUAAGAUGACAGUCCCCUAAGCCUCGUCUCCCAACCUCUUUGCCAUGUUGUUUCUAGCAUCACUAGCUCGAUUUUCGGUCGUCGCUCAUAGUUCCACAACGCUACUCCCUCGAUAAGCUUCUCUCUUUUCCAUCCAACCGCUGCUAAUCGCCAGUAGCCGCCAUCGCUUUUGAGAUGGAAAACAGAGGAUUUGUUUCAUAUUAAAAAAUAGGGGAUCUUUGCUUUUGGUUCGCUCGUUCUUUCUUGUUUUUGCAAAUGGGAAUCAUUUUGUUGACACCAAAAAUUAAUGUUGCUUGCAAGCAGAAUAAAAAAUUAGGGGGUUUCAAUUUGUUCACUUAAGGAUUUUGUUAUUGACGAAACUGAAUUCUUUCUUCAUUUGUCUUGUUAUCGACUGGGUAUAAGAUUUAAUUGCAAAAUUAUAGUUUAGGAAUUGAAGAAUUAGAGAUUGAAGGAAGUAUAGAGUUUGGGCAAGAUGGCGUUGCUGAACGGAGUGGAGGGUGGACAGAGGUCUCGUAGUGGAAGAAAGUCAGGUGACUCCGGGCUAGGGAAAAUUGCAGCGCAAUAGUUCCAAGAGGGUAGCAAAGAGUAGACCUAAUUGGGGAGGGGCUACGACUACGAAGAUCGACGACAGUGAUGCGGUGGCGGCGGCGACAUUAGGGGGAAAUAAAUGAUCGAAGUCGCUAAAGGUUGUGGUCACCGGAAGGGAGAUUGUGGCUUUUGGGGACGACCAGAGAGGGAUUGGGGAUUUUGGGAAUUUAACGGCAGUUUGACGGAAAAGGAGAUGGAAGGGUAUGUUUGAUAAGUGUUUAUUAGUAAGAGGUAGGUUUGAUGUGAUUUAUAAUAGAGGGGCAAGUUUAAGAAAAAUACAAAGUAAAGGGACAAAUUGUAC